ACAUCAGGGUAAAUACAUAACUACUGAAAUUUUUCAGAAAGGUUUGUUCACAAACCACAUAGGAUAACUUGUGUGCUACUCUUUCUAGUAUUAUGAUAGCUCCGUUGCUUCCAUUUUAUAGCUGAGGAAAUAGAGAUCCAGAGAGAUUUAGCAGUGCAGCCCAAACUCACAGAGCUAGGAAGUGUCUGGAUUUGAACACAGAUCUUUCUGGCUCUAAAGUCCAGGCAAUAUGCACCAUCUUCUCAGAGGAAGAAAAUGGGAAAGGAUGUCCACACUCUCUGUUGGAUGGACAAAGCUGUCAGGACAGGCACAGAGGGUAAGACCGGGGGCUGAUCAGACUUCCUGCUCCUUCUCAGGAGGCAAAGACAUCUUCGACCUCUGACAUCUCUGCUCCCUGGGUUUUGGCUCCAGGACCUGCUUAGACUAAGACUUGUUCUUGGGGCACUGCCGUCAUGGCACGGUGAGCCUUUAAGCAUCUCCUGAAAUAACAGUGAUCAGUACUGACUCCUGCACAAAAGCUCAGGGCGGUGAGGUGGGGAAGUGCACAGGAUGGCCCCCACCACCCCACUGCCCAGCCCCAGGGCGGCGGGAGGCCUCCUUUGUACCAGAGGCUCAUUAGUAUUCAGUCCUCAUGGAGGGACCUCGCAGGGAAAAAAAUCAUCUUAAUGGGCUCUGAACGAGUCCAACUGGCAGCUGUUCCUGGAUGGCCACAGGGGGCAGACGUGGCCACCUUUGCCCUUGAGGCCAGGCAGUGACUGCCAUUUCACGUGGCAUCAGUGAGCAGGUACCAAUGCUGAAGGAGCAGACCCGCUGGGCAGGGAGGGCUUCAGCCACAUGUGGAGUUUGCAGCUUAGGGAUAGAACGAAGCAGGCCUGGAUUCCACUGGCAAGCCCAGCGAGGUGGCCAGGAGGGCAGCAGGAAGAGUGACUGCAGUCGGCCACGGUCAUCACAUUGUUCCUUAAAACUCGACCCACAACCAAGCCCAGUGAUCAUCCUGGAGACCCAGGACGGCUACUUCUCCCACCGGCCAAAAGAGAAAGUGCGAACCGACAGUAACAAUGAGAACUCGGUGCCCAAGGAUUUUGAGAACGUGGACAACAGCAACUUUGCACCCAGAGCUCAAAAGCAGAAGCACCAGCCUGAGCUGACGAAGAAGCCCCCGAGAGGACAGAAGGAGCUUCUGAAGAGGAAGCGGGAGCAGGAGGAGAAAGGGAGGGGGCGUCCGUCCCCGGGGAAAGGUCCCAACGAGGUGCUGCCUCCCGGCGAGCGGGUCGCGGUGAAUGGCAGCCACAGCAAGGACGCCCCCCGACUGCCCCACGGCCGCAAGAGCGGGGGCAGCUCCCCCGAGGCCAAGCCUGACCAGCCCCUCAGGUGUGACAUCUCGGGCAAGGAGGCCAUCUCCGCGCUGUCCCGCUCCAAGUCCAAGCACUGCCGCCAGGAGAUCGGGGAGACCUACUGCCGCCACAAGCUCGGACAGCUGAUGCCCGAGAAGGUGACUCGGUUCUGCCCCCUCGAAGGCAAAGCCAACAAGAACGUUCAGUGGGACGAGGAUUCAGUGGAGUAUAUGCUGGCGAACCCAGUCCGAAUCGCCUUCGUGCUGGUGGUCCACGGCCGCGCCUCUCGGCAGCUGCAGCGCAUGUUCAAGGCCAUCUACCACAAGGACCACUUCUACUACAUCCACGUGGACAAGCGCUCCAAUUACCUGCAUCGCCAAGUGCUUCAGUUCGCCAGGCAGUACGGCAACGUCCGCGUCACGCCCUGGAGGAUGGCCACCAUCUGGGGGGGAGCCAGCCUCCUGUCCACAUACCUGCAGACCAUGCGGGACCUUCUGGAGAUGACCGACUGGCCCUGGGACUUCUUCAUCAACCUCAGCGCAGCUGACUACCCCAUCAGGACAAAUGACCAGCUGGUGGCAUUUCUCUCCCGAUACCGAGACAUGAAUUUCUUGAAGUCGCAUGGCCGGGACAAUGCAAGAUUCAUCCGGAAACAGGGCCUGGACCGGCUCUUCCUGGAGUGUGAUGCCCACAUGUGGCGCCUGGGGGACCGGCGGAUCCCAGAGGGCAUUGCUGUGGAUGGGGGCUCAGACUGGUUCCUGCUAAACCGGAAGUUUGUAGAGUAUGUGACGUUCUCCACUGACGAUCUGGUGACCAAAAUGAAGCAAUUCUACUCCUAUACUCUGCUUCCUGCCGAGUCCUUCUUCCACACGGUCCUGGAGAACAGCCCCCACUGUGACACCAUGGUAGACAACAACCUGCGCAUCACCAACUGGAACCGCAAGCUGGGCUGCAAGUGCCAGUACAAGCACAUCGUGGACUGGUGCGGCUGCUCCCCCAACGACUUCAAACCGCAGGAUUUCCACCGCUUCCAGCAGACAGCCCGGCCCACCUUCUUUGCCCGCAAGUUUGAAGCUGUGGUGAGUCAGGAAAUCAUCGGGCAGCUGGACUAUUACCUGUAUGGGAACUACCCCGCGGGCACGCCGGGCCUCCGCUCCUACUGGGAGAACGUCUACGAUGAGCCGGACGGCAUCCACAGCCUGAGUGACGUCGCGCUGACCUUGUACCACUCCUUCUCCCGCCUGGGCCUCCGCCGGGCAGAGGCGUCGCUGCACGCCCCCGGGGAGAGCAGCUGCAGGUACUAUCCAAUGGGCCACCCUGCCUCUGUCCACCUCUACUUCCUUGCUGACCGUUUCCAGGGCUUUCUUAUCAAGCAUCAUGCUACAAAUCUGGCCGUGAGCAAACUCGAGACCCUGGAGACAUGGGUGAUGCCGAAGAAAGUCUUCAAGAUUGCCAGCCCACCCAGCGACUUUGGGAGGCUUCAGUUUUCCGAGGUCGGUACUGACUGGGAUGCCAAGGAGCGGCUCUUCCGCAACUUUGGGGGUCUCCUGGGGCCCAUGGAUGAGCCGGUAGGCAUGCAGAAAUGGGGGAAGGGCCCCAACGUGACCGUGACUGUCAUCUGGGUGGACCCCGUCAACAUCAUCGCAGCCACCUACGACAUCCUGAUUGAAUCCACUGCCGAGUUCACCCACUACAAGCCCCCUCUGAACUUGCCCCUGAGGCCGGGGGUCUGGACAGUGAAAAUUCUCCACCACUGGGUACCAGUCGCAGAAACCAAAUUCCUCGUUGCACCUCUGACCUUCUCAAACAGGCAGCCCAUCAAACCAGAGGAGGCGUUGAGGCUGCACAAUGGGCCCCUCCGCAGCGCCUACAUGGAGCAGAGCUUCCAGAGCCUGAACCCCGUCCUCAGCCUACCCAUCAACCCCGCCCAGGUGGAGCAGGCUCGGCGGAACGCGGCCUCCGCCGGCGCCACGCUGGAGCGCUGGCUGGACUCGCUGGUGGGCGGGAUGUGGACUGCCAUGGACAUCUGUGCCACAGGUCCCAGCGCCUGCCCGGUCAUGCAGACCUGCAGCCAGACAGCCUGGAGCUCCUUCAGCCCCGACCCCAAGUCGGAGCUGGGGGCGGUCAAACCCGACGGCCGGCUCAGGUAGCACUGGGCACAUGGGGACCCCAGCGGAUCUCAAAGGGAAAGAAGCCAGAUGGCCAGUGGGACCCAGACCCUGACCUCCCACCCCUGGGGUGGCCUUUGGUGAGAGGGGCUCUCCUGGCCAUAGGAUGAUGAAGAAGGAAGGUUUGGAGGCCAAGGCAGUUUCUGCCAACCACCUGCACCCUGCAGGCUGGCUACUGGGAACGUCAAUGGCUUGGUCCCAGCACCGUGGUGGUCUUACCUCUUCUGGUUGAUCCUCGAGUCCUACAGGUUCCUUGUCUUCCCCUUCAAUGACAUGACUCCUCCCCUCCCCCCCAGAUAAGUGAUUCCCAAACUUUUCUAUUGAGCAGCAGAGUAUUUGUUUUACUGAGUCAUAGGUGGAGGUUCAAGCUACGGAAAAAAUCCAGGCUACUUUGGUGGAAGCUGAGGGUGUGAGAUUCUAUCUCAUAGCUCAGCCCACUGGACAGUCCCUUUGCCAACGGCAUCUCCUAAGGUACCUCUUCAGAACCCAAGGGCUCUGCAGAAGCUAGUUUGGAAAGCAGUGCCCAAAGGGGGGGUUUGAUCUCCAGUCCUGCCCUUCCUGCUCCUCUGGGCCAGGAAGCCCUUGUGCCAGCCUUGAAGUGACAGGACGUGAAAGUCACAUUCGUGGGCUCAUUCCCAGCGAGCUGGUGGGCUUGGCAGAGUUUGGGGGGGUCGUCGCUUUGAGCCUCCCACUAACCCUUCUUGGGUUCAGCCAUCCUCCUUUAGUAACUAGAUGAGCAGGAGAGCCUUGUGAUGUGACUUGGCCAAAGUCCAACCAAAGUGUCACUGCCAGACGUCCUGGGCACCCAGACGUCCACCCUCUCUCGAGGCAGAAAUGGGGUGAUGCUCAUGAGUCUGAGGCUAGCAUUAAGCCCCCCAGCCAUUCAUGGGCCAGGAGACCAAGACCAUGACCCCUCUGGGCUUUGACAGUGGGAACUUUGGGGGACCAUGGCCAUGAACCUCAUAGAGAUUGCUGGGAGCAAAACUCCUGAGCUGGUCAGCACAGCAAUACCCCUCACCUGCCUGAGCCCUUCGUUCUGAGGUCAGGCGCUCGGAACUUUGUGAAAUGCGUCUUCGGUGCUGCUGGGAGCAACCAAACCAUGUGGAACAGACUUUUCACAGUGAGGAAAAAGCAUUUCAGAUUCGGUUUUUAAAUUCAUGGCCUUUCUUGUCCGAGGUGCCAACUGGCCCAUCUGACAUGCAGUGUGAAAGUGGGAAGCUUUGAGUAUCUGGUUGUUUAAAACCUAAAGAAUAGUAUUAUUCAAAUUGCUUGAGUUACUAGAAACCCAAAGGGUUUCCUUGCCAUGUGCCCGUUGGGGGGUCGCCCUGCUCAUCCAGCGAUCCCUCCCUGAGAACCCCCUCCUCCACUGAUCCCACCCUCCCCCAAAGGACAGGGUUCCCUCGGAGAAGUCCCAGCCCUGGGUGCACUAUCCUUUCCCAGGAGAGCCAGUCCUCGUUGGAUUUCUCUCCAGUGUGGCUUUGAAGGUACUGCCGAUUGCUCCCAGUGAACUGUUAGCUAUCGCACCCUACUCGCCCCACCCCACCCCUGCAAGGCAGGAUGUCCUGUGGGCCAUGGAGGAUACAGAGAAGGGACACUUUAGAUAUUUAUUAUUUAUAUGUUUUAGUCAAUGACUAAUUAGUAGGUGCUGUUUUUGCAGCUUGUCAAUUAUGUUAUCUUACUAACUGAAGCUGCCUUUAUUCACAAAAGGCCCCCUCCUCCAGCCCUUCUAGUUCCCCCAGCCCCUCAUGUCUAUCUCCUUCCUGCUUUCUCUAUGUAUCCAUCUAUCUACCUACCUAUCUCUGUCUGCCUCUCUCUAUCUGCCCUCCAUCCUCCAUGUCCUCAGUGGAAAGCUAGGGAGUUGGACACCAGGAGGGAAAUGCUUCAACCAGCAAUGUCCCUGGGCUGAAAGUGGGGUUCCCUUGGGAACAUCGGUUCCUCGCUUUUCCUCAUGCAGGGUGGAGUUAGCCCUCCAGCCCUGGGGGUGUUGGAAUUCCUGAGCCGUCCCCGCCACCAGCCCCCAGCACAGGGACGCAACAGGCCUGCGACCUGUGGAGGACGACCAUCGGGCUGCAGGGCUUGGGCCGUCUGUGCGUCUCCAUCACCACCCUCCCACAGCCAGUCUAACCAUGGGCCUCCCUGUGGCCAGAGGACAGAGGGAGGGCGAGCGCCCGGGAGCAGAAGAGAUCAAUUUUAGGAAAAGGGUGGUGGGGGUGGUGAGACAGGCCUGGAGAACCCAGGGGCAGGGACCUGGCAUGGCUUUCCCAGAAAGCCCCAUGAUUGCCACGUGAUUCCACAAGCUCGCUGGGAGCCUGGAGGCCCGUGUCACAUCCUGUCUCUGCCCCCAGCCUCUGCUUCUGUCCAAGGACUCUUGGAGCCUGGGGAAGCUGCCCAGGAAGCCGGCCUUGCACCUCCUGGCCAGGCAGCUAGGACUCUGUGCAUCACUUACGGAGGCUAUGGGAGCUCUGCCCUGCAUGCAGCAUGAGCCUGCAGACUCCUCAACGAGGCCCCUCCUGCACCCUGACAUUGCUGACUCCUGUUCCAUUGGGAACACGUGGAGAAAUGGCAGAGCUGACUUAUUACUCUGGGGACGGUCCCCUCCCAUCCCCAGCCCGGUCCUCACUCCCCGCUGACCACCAGGAAAUUGGGAAACUGAGCAGUCACACGGGAUGUUCCUCAACAUCUGUUUUUGAACCAGAGAACCACUUUGAAGAUGUUACAUUUGGCUUUAAGGGGAAAAGGGAGAAUUUCAAACAAAGUCCAGGGUGAUUUGAGCCAAGGUGAUAUUUUCCCAGGGGAGAGAGUUUAACUCAUUUUUAUUGUCUACCUGAGAAUGAUUUAUUAGUUCAAGGCCAUUGGUCAGGCAGCCUUGAGCUGUGGCUGCCUGAGGGUUUCAAAAGCUGAGAACGUGGUCCCCUGGAAAUUCUUUCAGAAUUUAGAAGAGUGUGACUGAGUCACUGACCGGGUCCCUGGACUUUAGCGGGCUUGAGAGGUGGGAUGUGGGUUUGGGGGAAAAGGAUGCAUCCAGUAAGCUGUGAUACUUUGUCCAGUUUCCACUCAGCCCUGUGAUGGUCAGGCAGAAGCCACACCCAGGAGGCAGACAACCCUGCUUCCCGGGCCCAGUGCAAAGCAGUCUGUCUCCAAGGAGGGCAGAGCCGUCCCUAGGACUCUCACAUUCUAAGAAGUAUUUGUGCUCCUCCCUUUGGAAAAAGGCCCUUCUGAUCUGACCAGGAGUCACUCUGCCUUCAUUUGCCAUUGUUGAACUUUCAAAAUGCCAGUGGAGCUGAGGUUUGAGUCAGUUCCCUGAAAAGGGCAGAUGACAGUUGCUCUGGGCACAGGCCAGGAUUGGGGGACUGUGCUUCCUUCUGGUUCUUCAGUUCGUAGGUGCAAGGAGAACCCUGGCUGGAACCUCGAUCUCUUUGCCAAGAGGGUCCCCAAGAGAGGAGAGCAGUAGCAGGGGCCUGAGCAAAGACCCCUUUCAUAGCCCCGUUCACUAGGGUUGCAGGACCCAAGCUCCCCCCACAGCACAAGGGGGAUAUACUAGAAACAGCUGUUGGCAAAGGCCUGCCAGGUCAAAGCCACACCCUCUGGCAGGGGUCGCCCGUGGCUACGCAGUCCAGGACACGAGCACAGAUGAAUGAAGCGGCUGGUAUCAGACAAGAGGGAACGGUGGGGAUGUGGUCUGCAAGUGUGCGCCUUACACAGACAAAAACUACGGCUGCAUCUCCGUUCCAGUCUGAAGCUGCGAGUGAGAAUACAGGCAUGGUGCAGCAGAAUCAUCUAAUUUGGUAAGAGAAGCCAAAAAUCCAUAUUUUUAUAGGAAAUCUGAUUUUCAAACAUUGGCAAGUUUUGCUUUUACCAGAGUGUAGGCAAAAGGUUCGGUCCACAGUUCAGCCUGUGCCCUAUGGAGAGGUGUUUCAAAGGAGGUUAGGUGUUGUCCUGGUGGAGGGGGAAAGGCCAGCAUUGGGAAGGGGCAAAAAUAACAGCUUAUGUGGAACUCUGAAGGGAAUGAGGACCUCUUACUAGUCAUUCCCAUCCCGAAGAAAUGGUCCCUCAGAGGAGAAGUGUCCCGUGAGAUCUGGCUUGUUGAGCUCUCCUGAUCUCAAGACAAUUUAUACUGAAGGGAAGAUGAAACAGGAUUCGCUGGCCUCGAGAGCUGCCCCUUGAACAUCAAGGAGGUCCACGCUGGCCCAGUCCCCACCUUCAGAAUUCCAUCACACCAAGCGGAGAUGUCCAGGAGAUGGUUCAUGGGGAGAGGUUGGCGUGUCAAAUAGCCUGGCUCACUCCAGAUCCCGGGUUUUAGCGACCACCUUGCCACGUGUCCAGAAGCAUCUUUGGAAGCCGUGUUCACGGGAGGUCCUCUCUGCUUUUUGCCUCACCUACCUUACUUUGCCCAUGGGUCAACCACAGGCGCUACCUCAUGUGUCUGCUGAGAAGUUUACCUUGGGGGAGGAGGGGGAGGAAUAAAGGUGUCCAAAAUCUGCUGGAGCUGAAUGUAUAAUCUAUGCAAAUUCUCUCUCUGUGUCUCUCCUCUCUUCUCUCUGUGUCUCUCUCAGAAGUAUUAUUUUUUUUUAACCUGGCAAACAAAAUACUGUACAGACCGCUCUUAAGACUGAGGAGGGCUUCCACGUGCCACCUACAUCUACCCCUCACGUUGUUGUUGGUUCUGUCCUUGCCAAGCCCCAGGCAGGGAGAUGGAAGCCCUCUCUCUUCCCCUUCCUCUUGGCUGGGAAUACUCCAUCCGCCUCUGCCUACAGACCCCAUGGGAAAGCAGGUUCUUUGUCUUGCCACCUCCUAACUCCAUCCUCUCCAUUCCUCACUUGCCUCCCUUAUCCUCUCCUUCCUCCACACCAACUCCCACCCCCAAAAGCCUUAGGUUUCUCCGUUUUUAAAUGUGGCCUUAAAAUUAUUUUUGGAAAGCUGACCGCCCUCUCUCUCCCAUUUCUACCAACAUCCAAGAGAAAAGAGCAUCUUGAAGCUUUCGGAGCAACCUCCUAAGCCAGGGGCUGCCAAUCUGUAGCUUGCAGAUGUGGUAGAAAUGGCUUCUAUGUGUCGUCUUGAAGGAAAAUAUCCUUCUAUUUUUCCUAUGGGUAAAAUGAAAGCGUGGGUGCUCGUCUAAACCUCAGCCGACUCCCGAAGCACUCUCUUGGAGCAUGAUGCCGCUGUUGAUAGGCUGGUUUAAUUACCGGCAGGAUGCCAACGUGGGCUUUCCAAUCCUCCCCCUUCCCCUCCGACUUGGUGACUUAUGUACUUCAUUCAAGGGUAAAUCAGCAGAGUUUCUCAAUUUAUCUCUUCGUCCUUCCUGCCUGGAAAGUGAUAGCAUUUAAUAUUCCCAGUGGAUGGUCAUGUUCUCAAAGGGAUCACAUUCUCCCUACUUUCAGAGUCCCUCCUUUUCCCUGCCAUCGCUCCAGGGCUGAUGGAGGCCAAAGACAACCCCAGGGUUUUCAUAGGAAAUUCACUGGAAUUGAGCUCAAUUGUCUUUGUCGUCCUUUGUCUCUUUUUUUGGUAUUACUAUGUUGUCAAUAGCAUUUGGGUAUUUUUUUAGAGGCCUCACAAUAAGUUAUUACCGUCCCCUUCAUUGUUUUUCAAAGACAUGUGGUGAUAUAGUUUUUAAAAAUAACUAUUUUGUUAUAGAUCAUAAUAUGCAUAAAACUGUACAGAAAUAUUUUGUAAUGUAUUGAUUUUAAAAAAAAGAGAGACUCUGUAAAUAAAGUUUUAAAAAAAAAAGAGAGAAUUCAAAUGGCACACACUGAAAGAUGUAGAUAUUUUGCUAUUUAUUUAAAGGAGUAUUUUAAGAGAUAUUGAACUAUCUGAAAUUGACCAGUAAUCAAAUUCCAAUCAUCUGAAUGCUUUUCCUCACAGUAGAAUGUGAUUCUCGGAAACAAUUGCACUACCCGCCCAUUUUUGCACCUUUUCUGUCUUUUCAUUUAGCAGAAAAAUAACAACAAAAUUGUGCCUUAGCUGUAUUUUUUUGUCUAGGGGAGUUUGUUUCUGUCUGACAAAGCAAAAUCUUUUGCAGAAAACAGUGGAUGUAUUAUUGAAUACUGUAUCAUACCAAAAACACUGCAGGUGUAUAUAGACGCUUUCUGUCAUACUGUGUUUUCAGAUGCAGAAUUUUAAAAUUAAAAAAAAAAAAUACUGUCUUUAUGGAA